GGGGCGAGCGGCUCCCCCCGCUCGCUGCCGAGCGGUGGUACGGUCCUUCCUCGCACGGGCGAGCCGCCGCCUGAGCCCGCCGGGGCUACCGCGACGGCGGUGCGGGGUGCCCACGCCCCACAGGAGAGGGAAAGGAGCGCGCGGGCCGAGGGCUCCAGCGGGAGUGCUCGGCGAGUGGCAGCGCGUGCUAGAAGGAGACGCGCGCGCAGGCCCGGAGAGGUGGGGAGAGGGGGUGGGGAAAGGGGGUGGGGGAGCCAGGGGAGGACGGGGCCCGGCCUCCAGCCGAGAGGGGCGGUGCUCGCGCCUGCGCACUUAGCUCCGUCCGUGGCUGUGGGCGGGCCGAGGGGGGCGGGCGGCGGGAGGAGACGGGGGCGGGAUGGACCAAAGAGCCAAUCAGGUGUUAAAACGAAGCUCUUAGGUGACAAUCCUGCCUCCGACGGGGCGGUGCCCGGUGUGGGGGCGGGGAGAAGCGGGCAUAUGCAAAGUAAGUGACGUAACGAUGACUCG